AUGCUUGGAAGUCACAAUUCAUUUUCUUCGUUUACGAAUAAUAUCCAUGAUAGUGAGCAAAGACAAAAUUUUGGUGUUUCAUUAGAGACAGAGGCUGAGAGAGGUAUUCGUACUCGUACAGUAAACCCUGUUGUCACUGGAUCAUCUGUGACAGCGUUUACAUUUAAUGGCGGUGUGAUACUAGCCGCUGACACAUUAGGAUCAUAUGGAACACUUGCUAAAUAUCGAAAUAUUCCACGUAUUCAUCAAGUAAAUGAUAAGACAGUGAUUGCAAUUGGAGGUGAUCUGAGUGAUGCCGAUUAUAUUAAAGAAGCGAUCGAUGCAAAAGUUGAAGAAGAUCUUGUACAAGAUGCUAAUAAUGAAUUAUCACCAUUAUCGUUGUAUUCAUGGUGUACACGAUUAAUGUAUCAUCGCCGAACAAAAUUGAAUCCAUUAUUAACAAAUGUUAUUGUAGCUGGAAUGGAAAAUAAAGAACCAUUUCUUGGACGAGUGAAUGAUAAAGGAUCAGCAUUUAAAGAAUUUAUCAUCAUGACCGGUAUUGGUAAUCAUCUUGCACAAGUAAUUAUCAUUGGUUGGAUUCGUACCAUUUUAGAAAAUUCAAAUAGAUUAAAUCGAGAUGAAGCAGAAAAUUUAAUGGAUCGUAUCGUGAAACAGUUAUUUUAUCGUGAUUGUCGAGCAUUUGCACGGUAUCAAGUAUGUGUUGUGACAGACGCUGGCAUUGAUUUUAAAGCUAAAGAAGUGACUCCCGAUUGGUCAUUAGCACCUACACUAGAACGAAUACCAUACGUUCAUCGUUUUGGUAUUAUUUCUGGUUCAUGUAAAGAAAAAAUUGAACAAGACAUUAUUAAACGUCAAACUGAUCGAAGUGAUAGUAGUGAUAAUAAUGUGUCAGAUCGUAGUCAAAACAAAAAACAGCCAUUAUUAGAAGUAACAGAAGAUUUUGUUCGUUAUUAUAAUCGAGCAAAUUAUAGUGAACGAAUAAAACUCAAUGAUCUUGUUUAUCGGAUGCUCCAACGAUUAAAGCGAAAAUCGACACAAUAUCAACCAUCACAAUCGCGUCCUUUACAAUUACAAAUGGCCUGGGCAGAACUUUGUUUAUUGGCUCAGUGUAAAUCAACUUAUCAAGAAGAAUGUCUAACAAUAUUGUAUAAAUCACUGUUAUUAAGUCCAUUAUCAUCAGCUCAAAUUCCGACAUUAUUUUUUCUAUCCGAAACAAUUUUAUAUUGGUUAAAAAAUGAAGCCAUUCUUGAACAAUUUUUAACAGCAACAGAAUUAAAAUUACUCAAGAUUGGACAACUGGUAUUUCAAUUAUUAUAUUUUCAUUAUCUUGAAGGUUCAACAAGUGCUUAUGAAGAGUUCAAAUAUCGUUUAUAUUCUUAUCUUGAAGGUCUCGAAGAAUGUGAAUCAGUCUAUUCGUCAUAUCCGAAUGCUGUAUGGUGUAUACGUUAUAUUGAGUCUGUCGGCUCAAUAUUAGUGGCUACAAUUGGAAAAAGAUUAACAUUACGUUCUCAGCUACAACAAACUCAAAUGGAAAUUAAAGAUUUGAGUGGAAUUGAAAUAGCUUCACCAACUCGUAGUAAAUCUGUUAUAUCCAGUAUUGUUCAAGAACUAUCACCAAUUAUAUGGCAUAGUGUUGAUUUAUGGUUAUGUGUUAAAAAAAUGACUAGUACAACAAAUUCUGAUCAUUAUUAUAAUGAAUCAAUACUAUCAUUAGUACAAUGUCCUGAAUCAUUUUCUCAAUUGCCGUUACAAAAACGUGCUGAUGAUUAUUUAAUGGCGACUGGUUGGCGUUCAUGGAAAAUUGAAUUAAUUCUAUUAUUAUGUGAAUGUUUAAUGAAUAUAUGUAUAGAUACUGAUAUAUCAAAUAUCAAACGUUGUGUGCUGUUUGGAGAUGAAAUGUCUGUCGAUAAUAUAUUGAAUAUGAUCAAUAGUGAGAAUGAGAAUGGUGGUGAUAGAUUAGGAGUGAAAUCCGCGUCUGCACUUUUACUUUUUUUUCCUCCCGAAGAUGACAGUGAAAAUUCUUGGCGUGUACGAUAUAUGAGUCUAUUGUGUUUAUCUCAAAUUUAUCGUCAUUUAAAAAAUGAUUCACGUCAUAAAACAUUGAAUAAUUUAUUAUGGUGUUCAAUUCAUGAACAUGAAGGGAAAGAGAAUGAUGAUCGCGUUUUAGAAGCACUCAAAGUUGGACAAUUUGACGAAAAUACGCAAAAUUUGACAAUAACGUCAACACCAAGAAAUAUUGAAACGAUUUACACAUCUAUAGCUAAACGACUUGCCGAUGGUCUAUUACCGGACCCAUCACCAGAAAUAAUAACACAAAAACAAAGUCAAGCAACAAAUUAUAAACCUCCAGUUAUUCAUCAUAAUAUGAGAGGAAACAUGCAACAACAUCGUCUUAGUUUACCAUCCAUACCUCAGUCAAGUACUAGUCAAAAUAAAGUGAAGAAGAUUUCAAUUGAACAAACAAUUGACAGUGUUUUUAAACGAAAAAAUGAUUUAUUGAAAUCUAUUGUUGUGGAACAGUUUCGACGAGAACUGAAAAAUAAAGAAGAAAAUGAUAUUGUGAAUAAUUUAGAGACAAUGUUAGAAAAAGCCGCUAUCGAAUCAAAUACACUUACUGUUGGUGAUGAAAAUCUGACAUCAAGAAUUUUAAAUGUGGCAAAUAAAAAAUUUAUUGUUGACCCACUUGAAGAACGUAAAGCAUUAAGAACAUCAUUUGGUGAAAUUGAUGAGAACAAUAAUGAAUAA